CUCGGUGCCAACCGCCUCACCGGCACUAUCCCCGCUGGAAUUCAGCGGCUGGAAAACCUAACCCUACUGAGUUUGAACAGCAACCAACUCUCCGGCGAGAUACCGGAUUUCUUUUCGGGCUUUUCCAAUCUCAGAAUUUUAGAACUUUCUCGAAAUAAGUUCACAGGAAAAAUUCCGGGGAGUAUUUCAGCAUUAGCAACGAAACUGGGUUAUCUGGAACUAGGGCAUAAUCUCCUGACAGGGCCAAUCCCUGAUUUUCUCGGCAAAUUCCAUGCCCUCGACACAUUGGAUUUAUCCUGGAACAAACUUUCGGGAACCGUACCAAAAAGUUUCGCCAAUCUUACUAAGAUUUUCAAUCUGGAUCUUUCUCAUAAUUUACUAGUCGAUCCAUUUCCAAAAAUGUACGUAAAAGGCAUUGAAUCGCUGGACUUGUCGAAUAAUCGAUUCCAUUUGGGAAAAAUUCCAGAUUGGGUCACUUCCUCCCCGAUUAUCUACUCUUUGAAGCUAGCCAACUGUGGAAUCAAGAUUAAAUUAGACGAUUGGAAUCCAUCGGAGACUUAUUUCUACGAUUACAUUGAUCUCUCUGAGAAUGAAAUUACAGGCAGUCCAUUGAAAUUGUUGAACAGAACAGAAUAUUUAGUGGGAUUCUAUGCUUCUGGUAACAAGUUGAAAUUUAAUUUGAGCAGCGUGAAAUUUCCCGAGACAUUGAAAUACUUGGAUUUAUCGCAGAAUUUGGUGAUCGGAAAUGUGCCAAAAUCAAUCGCAGGGAUUGAAAAUUUGAAUGUUAGUUAUAAUCAUUUGUGUGGGAAGUUACCUGCCACGAAAUUUCCAGCAAGUUCAUUCAUUGGUAAUGAUUGCUUGUGUGGUUCGCCAUUGUCACCGUGCAAGGUUUAAGAGUUAAAACCGGAAAUGUUUUUGGAUUAUCUAUUUGCCAAUUGUAAGAAUAAAAUGUCUGUUCGUGUUCUAAAGUUUAA